AACCUGUGCCAGGAAAACAGCAGAUUACUUUUAUUUAUGCAUUGGAUGGAUUGAAGAAAAGAACCCUCUUUUUCCCUCUCUCUCUGCAACUACAGCAAGGGAGGGGAGUUGGAUAUACCUCGCCUAGUGUCUCCUGGUUGAUACCAUCAUUAUUGUUUAUUCUUGUGCUUAGAAGCCGAGUCCUCUGAUGGCUCCCUUAGGUGAAGUUGGGAGCUAUUUCGGUGUGCAGGACGCGGUACCAUUCGGGAACGUACCGGUGUUGCCGGUGGACAGUCCGGUGUUGCUAAGUGACCACCUGGGUCAGUCUGAAGCAGGGGGGCUGCCCCGGGGACCCGCAGUCACGGACUUGGAUCAUUUAAAGGGGAUUCUCAGGCGGAGGCAGCUGUACUGCAGGACUGGAUUUCACUUAGAAAUCUUCCCCAACGGUACUAUCCAGGGAACCAGGAAAGACCACAGCCGAUUCGGCAUUCUGGAAUUUAUCAGUAUAGCAGUUGGCCUGGUCAGCAUUCGUGGCGUGGACAGUGGACUCUACCUCGGUAUGAACGAGAAGGGGGAGCUGUAUGGAUCAGAAAAACUCACACAAGAGUGUGUAUUCAGAGAACAGUUUGAAGAGAAUUGGUACAACACCUACUCUUCCAACCUGUAUAAACACGUGGACACCGGAAGGAGAUACUAUGUUGCAUUAAAUAAGGAUGGGACUCCAAGAGAAGGGACCAGGACUAAACGGCACCAGAAAUUUACACAUUUUUUACCUAGACCAGUGGACCCGGACAAAGUACCUGAACUAUAUAAGGAUAUUCUAAGCCAAAGUUGACAAAGACAGUGUCUUCACUUGAGCCCUUAGAACAUAACCACUAUCAAUGCUUUCAUGCGGUGGGAUCUUAUCGAUUAGCAGGGCCGCCACCUCAGCGCCACCGUCGCCAAACUUUGUCGCAUGCACACGUAUGAUGGAGGCUUGGAUGGGGACUUGCUGAUUCGCUCUGCACUUACUGGCUGCUCCUUCUGGAGGGCUGCCUGGGGCCACUUGCUUGAUUUAUUGUGAAAGCAGGGGAGAGGCUGCGUGAGGGGUGCGAGUGCAUGAGUGAGUGAGUAGAGGGGACAGCAGCGCGCCAAGAGGACAACGGCCUGAUGCAUGCUGGGAAAUAGACACGCUUUUACAUUUUUGAUCCGUUGAACUUCAUCCUAUAUCAGCACAGCUGCCAUACUUCAACUCAUCAGGAUUUUUGGCUGGUGGCCUGCUCAAGGGAACCCUGCCUUUCCACAGGCGUGGAGGGUGCAGUCUCACUUAAAAGACUCAGUUCAUUCUCACUGGUAUCAUAGCCCAGUGAACUUAAAGCAAAGACCUCUUAGUUUAAAAGGAAAACAAGGAAGAAGAAAAAAGAAAAAAAAGAAAAAAGGUUAAAUUUAUUUAUAGAAAUUCCAAAGGCAACAUUUUAUUUAUUUUAUAUAUUUAUUUAUUAUAUAGAGUUUAUUUUUAAUGAAAUAUGUACAGGCCAGAUAGGCAUUUUGGAAGCUUUAGGCUCUGUAGGCAUUACAUGGCAAAGUCUGCUAUGAACCUGUGGUAACUUCAUGCAAGUAGGCGUGCAAGAGAUUCUAAUGGCCCUAAUGUACUAAAGGCGACAAUCUAUUUUGUGCCCAUGUUAUUGUAAACGUCUGCACAUCGCUCACGACACUGAGUAUUCGCUCUCCAGACUGCUUGUUUCAUAGCUAACCCCAGAGGAUUAAAGAUAAACUGGGUCUCAGCCCUUCACUCGGUGUCUGUAAUUUUCCUCUCUCGUAACUCAGUGUAGCUGGGCGGUUGGAACGAAUGAGGGUUGGUGUAUGUCUUAUUUGUUUUAAUCUAUUGCAGAGUGUACCAAAGCUAAGCAAUAACUAUGCCUUUUCAUUUCAGACCACUUCCAUGACAACAAGACUAACAUCAAACAUGACACUGAUUUAAAAUUACCAAGGGAGAGGGGAAGAAAAACAUUUAUGUAGUACAGAUCUCCUCCUCCUCCUCUUCCUCCUCCUCCUUUUUCCUCUUUUCUUUUUUCUUCUUUCUUCUCCUCCUCUCAUUUUUUUGAGGGAAACAGCAGAUGAACAGAAUCAUUCUUGUAAAAUUUUUAUUUGUGUCUUGGCUAUCAAAUAUGGAAUUAUACAAGGACCCUAGGGCUCAUUAUAACAUCUUUUAUGGAGAUUGCUUUUGGUGUGAACUGUCAUAAUUACACGGGGCUAGUACCCUUUAAGUAAAACUUGCAACAUGGAACCAAUAAAUCUUUAUCAGUAAUGACA